UGAUUUUUAUAAUGUUCAACACAUCCAAAGUUGUCAUUUUUCUGUUUUCUACCUGAAAAUUCAUAAUUUCUCUUCAGAAUGAACAACUUGUUAUGGUUUUAAUUAAUUUUGUCUGAGUUUUUGUUGUUAAAAACACACCCUGGCUACUUUAAGACACAGUUAUAUAUUUAGCCAACUACAGACAGUGGUAACAUUUCAGACUUGGACAAGCCCCAUGUUUGUCAGCCAUACUGAAACUUUAAACCAGACAAAGCUGUUAGCUAAAGAAUAACUUCUCUUGGAUGCGCUCAGACUUCCCCCUUUCCUCCAGAUCUCCUCCUCCACGAUCUGGUCGGAUCCUGUUCUGGGUCGAGCUCGGUUUCGUGGUGCGAGAUAAUCGGCAGCUGAUGUGAGGUAAUGAGGCGGAGAUGCGGGAGCACAAACCCAGACGCGCGCCUCUCCUGCCACGACAGGUGCGCCUCCGCUCGUGAGCAACGAGAAGAAAGAGCAGCAGGAGCACGAGACGGAGGAGCAGACGGACCGAAGAGGGCGGAGAGGGAAGGGAGGUAAAACGAGCAGGUUCACUCCGCAGGAUUUGUGGCUAUGGAAGCGGGGCAGAGCGCGCAGGUCGGAGCCGACGCGGUUGGAGAGCACGCGGCCGGCGGGGCGUGCGCGGGGGAGCGCGACAGAGACCGGGACAGAGGCGAGGUGUCCAGUCCCAGUCCGCCGGCGAAGCAGCGCUCCCUGCGGGUCGUGUACGUCCUGAACGACGGGCUGAAGUCGGUGAUGGCGAGCAGCCCGGAGUCCGGCGCGCUGCAGUGUCUGCAGAGAGCCUGCGACUCGGAGAGCGCGCUGCUCACCACCGUCACUUUCGGAAGGCUGGACUUUGGAGAAACAACUGUGCUGGACAGUUUCUACGAUGCAGACAUUGCAGUUGUAGACAUGAGCGACGUGUUUCGGCAGCCCUCGUUAUUUUACCACCUGGGUGUGAGGGAGAGCUUCGACAUGGCCAACAACGUCAUCCUGUACCAUGACACCGACCCCGACACUGCUCAGUCACUGAAGGACAUGGUGGCACAAAAAAACACAGGAACUCGCCCGCCAGCGUUAGGAUUUCCCUGGGUUCAGUUGCCUCCUGAAUACAGAGGCUCUGGGCUGAGAAAUAAAGCAUCCAGUGGUAAUUACUACUUCAUCCCCUACAUUGUGACUCCGAACCACGAGUACAUGUGCUGCGAGAGUGACGCCCAGCGCAGGGCCAGCGAGUACAUGCAGCCCAGCUGGGACAACCUGCUGGGACCCCUCUGUGUCCCCCUGACUGACCGCUUCACCAGCCUGCUGAAGGACAUCCAUGUGACGUCAUGCGCAUCCUUCAAAGACACACUCCUGAAUGACAUCAGGAAAGCCAGGGAGAAAUACCAGGGAGAGGAGCUGGCCAAGGAGCUUGCCCGGAUCAAACUGCGAAUGGAUAACACAGAGGUUCUAACGCAGGAUAUCGUCAUGAACUUGCUGUUUUCCUACAGAGACAUACAGGACUAUGAUGCCAUGGUGAAGCUGGUGCAAACUCUAGAGUCUCUGCCAACUUGUGAUUUGGCCACUCAGCCCAUGAUCCAGUUCCACUAUUCUUUUGCCCUCAACAGGAGGAACAGUCCUGGAGACCGGGAGCAGGCUCUCAGAGUGAUGCUUCAGGUGCUGCAAUCCUGUGAACACCCCGCACCGGACAUGUUCUGUCUCUGUGGACGAAUCUAUAAGGACAUUUUUCUUGACUCAGACUGCAAAGACACUAUAAACAGAGACAACGCUAUACAGUGGUACAGGAAGGGGUUUGAGCUGCAGCCGACUCUCUAUUCUGGCAUCAACCUUGCUGUCCUCCUCAUAGUUGCUGGCCAGCAGUUUGAGAGCUCCAUGGAACUGAGAAAAAUAGGUGUGAGGUUGAACAGCCUGCUGGGGCGCAAAGGUUCCCUGGAGAAAAUGAACAACUACUGGGAUGUGGGCCAGUUUUUCACUGUUAGCAUGCUAGCUAGUGAUAUCCCUAAAGCAACUCAAGCUGCUGAGAAGCUCUUCAAACUGAAGCCACCGCUCUGGUAUUUGCGGUCAGUGGUGCAGAACCUGCAGCUAAUCCAGAGAUUUAAAAAGCAAGCAGUGGAACAUUCUCCCCAACGAGAGAGACUUGACUUCUGGAUGGACAUCAUUGUUGAAGCCACACAAGGCACCACAAACAGACUGCGUUUUCCUGUGUUAAUUCUGGAGCCGACCAAGGUUUACCAGCCUUCUUAUGUGUCGAUUAACAAUGAGGCUGAAGAGAUGAACGUCUCCAUCUGGCAUGUUUCUCCUGCUGAAACUAAGGGAAUCCAUGAGUGGAACUUCACUGCUACAUCCAUCAAAGGCAUUAGCAUCAGUAAGUUUGACGAACGCUGCUGCUUCCUCUACGUCCACGACAACUCAGACGACUUCCAGAUCUAUUUCUCCACAGAGGAGCAGUGUGGUCGGUUCUGCUCCAUGGUGAAAGAGAUGAUAUCUGACGGGACGGGGAAUGCUGUGGAGCUAGAGGGGGAAGGUGAUGGAGAUACGUUGGAGUACGAGUAUGACAUCGAUGAGAAUGGAGACAGGGUGGUGCUGGGUCGGGGCACUUAUGGAGUGGUGUAUGCUGGGAGGGACCUGAGCAACCAGGUCCGGAUCGCCAUCAAAGAGAUCCCUGAGAGGGACAGCAGUCACUGGGCCAAUGAAAUGACUGGUGAUAAUGUGUUGGUAAACACCUACAGCGGUGUUCUGAAGAUCUCAGACUUUGGAACCUCAAAACGUCUGGCUGGAGUCAAUCCCUGUACAGAAACGUUUACAGGUACUCUGCAGUACAUGGCUCCAGAGAUCAUCGAUAAGGGUCCUCGAGGCUACGGGGCCCCAGCUGAUAUCUGGUCUCUGGGAUGUACCAUCAUUGAAAUGGCAACUGGGAAACCUCCUUUCCAUGAGCUUGGGGAGCCACAGGCAGCCAUGUUUAAGGUGGGCAUGUUUAAAAUCCACCCUGAGAUCCCGGAGUCCUUAUCGUCCGAAGCCAAGUCUUUCAUCCUGCGCUGCUUUGAGCCCGACCCCCACAAGCGAGCCAUCGCCGCGGACCUGCUCCGAGACAUUUUCCUCCGACACAACGCCAAGGGCAAGAAGAGCAAGAUCGCCUUUAAACCUACAGACUACAUCCCAAAUGUAUCCAUACCAGUGCAGCUGCAGGGUGAAGCCGCCGGCAGCAGCAGCAGCGAGCACGGCUCCGUGAGUCCGGACUGUGACUCCAAACAUGACAUUUUCUUCCAGAGGAAAAGAAACUCCGGCUCAGAGAAUAAAUCAUCCAACUCCAACUACCUGAGUGUCCCAGACGAUGGUUCGGUUUCAGAGGACCGCAGUGCCCCCCCCUCGCCCGAGGACAGGGACAGCGGCCUGUUCCUGCUGAAGAAGGACAGCGAGAGGCGGGCAAUUCUGUACAAGGUCCUGAACGAUGACCAGGACAAAGUCAUCUCCAACCUGAGGGAAAACCACAUGCAGGGCAGUGAGGAGCUCCAGCUCUCUAUUGAACACAUCAAGCAGAUCAUCUGCAUCCUGCGGGACUUCAUUCAUUCUCCGGAGAGGCGCGUCAUGGCCGCCACCAUCUCCAAGCUCAAACUGGACCUCGACUUCGACUCCAACUCCAUCAACCAGAUCCAGCUGGUGCUGUUUGGCUUCCAAGACUCGGUGAACAAGGUGCUGAGGAAUCACCAUAUUAAACCCCACUGGAUGUUUGCCAUGGAUAACAUCAUCCGACGAGCUGUGCAGGCUGCCAUCACCAUCCUCAUCCCAGAGCUUCAAACCCACUUUGGGCCAGCGUCAGAGUGUGAGGGGGCAGAGAAAGACGACGAGGUAGAUGAAGAGGAAGCAGAGUUUGGCCCAGUCUUAGCUUCGAACUCUGAUGAGCCGGGGACAACGGCUGAAUCCGCCCUUCCCGCCACCAGCACAAUAAACUCCACCCACUCCCAGGAGAGUCAACGGCCACAUAACCCCCUGGGGGUGCAGCUGGGCCGGCUCAAACUGGAGACUAACAGGUUGCUGGAGGAGCUGCUGCAGAAGGAGAAGGAGUACCAGCAGGUCCUGAAGGCCACGCUGCAGCAGAGGACACACGAUCUGGAGCUGGUCAGACUCAGACACAGACCACCAGACUUUUCACCUCCCUCCAUUCUUCACAUCCCUGCGGACCACGACAAACUGCUCGCUGAUUGGCUGAAAGAGCAGGGAGCAGGCCCAGAUACGAUAGACAAGUUUGUGAUGGAGGAAUACACACUGACUGACAUUCUGAAUGAAGUUACUAAGGAUGACCUCCGUGCUCUAAAUUUACGGGGGGGAGUCCUUUGCCGGAUCUGGCGAGCCAUUCAGCGGCAUCGAGAGCGAGAAAGGUUGACGGGUGACCAACACUUUAAAAAAGAAGUUUGACAAUGAAUUUAACAACAUUUCAGAAGAAACAAGCGCACAUCGACACAUUACCAGCCUUGCAUGGCUAGCUCUCCUUUUUUUCUGUCUGUUACUACUGUGCCUUUUAAUGUACAGGCUGAGUCAAAAGCCACAGGACACACUUUUAUUUCAUAAACAAACGGGAAAGUGACAAACCUAAAUACCCCAGCAAGUGUGGGGUGGGGUGCCGCUCUUUGGAAAAACUUGGUGGCUUUCAAACUGGUGGCCAUGUUCUGAACAGAGCCUAAAGAUUACUUGCUGGGGUAUUCGAAUAUAUUCAGAUACGUAAUUUCCUCCUUUCUGAAAUAAAAGGGUGUUCUGUGACUUUUGACUCACUCUGCAGUCUGUGUAAUAAAAAAGUCAAACCAUGUAGACUCCAUAAAGAUCAGACCAAAGCGCUUUAGUGCGGGCACUACUGUAUGUAUCUAUUUGUGUAUUUAAAAUUUCCUGUGGGUCACAUUUACUUUGUGUUUGAAAUUAGUCUAAAUUAUUGUAGUUCUGGAAAAAGGCGGUCCUUAUUAAGUUCAGAUGAAACACAGAAGCUUGAAGCCCUGUGUUUUUACUUUUAUUGAUUAUGGAUGAGAGCAGCAGAGUGAUGAGAAGUAAAUAUAUGGCAAGUCAAGUAGGUCAUAAAUUACUUGGUAUGGAAUGACAAAAGGUUCACAAUUUUGUUUUUUAACCCCCUUCAGUAGUGUAGUAAACCCUGUUAAAUACAUCCUCAGAUGUUUAAUAGGAACAUUAACCCAGCUGAGAAACUGAGUGAUUGACAUCUUGUUUAUUUUGUAUUUUCGCACUGUGGAUAGUUAUCACCACUCUUGAAGAGCGUUCUAAAAAAUAAAUAAAAAAAGAAUCACAGACAUGCAGCAAAACAAACUUUUUUCAAAAUUCUAAUUAGCAUCAAGAAACAAUAGAAAAAAGAGAAAUAAUUGCUGCAGCCAGUCCAUAUUGUUUUUUUUUUUUUUUGAUCAAAUAG